AGCCACAACCUUCUCGUGCUCAGGUCCCCAACCAACAGCCAUGGCUUCUCCCAAGCUGCUCCUCGUGCUCGCCACCUCCCUCCUGGGCUGCGGCCUCCUGGCCGCCGCCGACUACGCCCCGAUGACCCUGACCGUGGUGAACAACUGCCCCUUCCCCGUGUGGCCGGGCAUCCAGGCCAACUCCGGGCACGACGUGCUGGAGGGCGGCGGCUUCUUCCUCCCGGCCCUCUCCCACAAGUCCUUCCCGGCGCCGGCGCACCCCUGGUCGGGCCGCAUCUGGGCGCGCACGGGCUGCGCGGGCGCCGGCGCGCAGCUCCGCUGCGCCACGGGCGACUGCGGCGGGCGGCUCCAGUGCGGCGGGCUCGGCGGCGCGGCGCCCGCGACGCUGGCGCAGGUGAGCCUCCACCACGGCGGCGACCAGACCUCGUACGGCGUGAGCGUGGUGGACGGCUUCAACGUGGGCCUGUCCGUGACCCCGCACGAGGGCCGCGGCAACUGCCCCGUCCUCGGCUGCCGCAGCAACCUCACCGCGACCUGCCCCGGGGAGCUCCAGCUGCGGUCCCCCGCCGGGAGCGUGCUCGCGUGCCGGAGCGGCUGCGAGGCGUUCCGCACCGACGAGCUGUGCUGCCGCAACAUGUACAACAGCCCGCGCACCUGCCGCGCCUCCAAGUACUCGGAGUUCUUCAAGCGCGAGUGCCCGCAGGCCUUCACCUACGCGCACGACAGCCCGUCGCUCACACACGAGUGCGCCGCGCCGCGCGAGCUCAAGGUCAUCUUCUGCCACUAGAUAGAGCUCCGAGGGCUCCGGCGCGCGCCGUCGCUGUCCGUCAUCAACAAGUGUCGCUAGUAGGAUUUGUGCGGUGCGCGUGUUGUCUAGUCUAGUGCGUGCUUCUGUGCCCGGUUGGCAGUGGUCUGGUCGUGCUCUGUAGGUAGGUACUGUGCCCGUUGGAUGUGUGUUAGCGUUCUGGCCGUAAGACUGAUGUAAUGGUGUCGCUGCUCAGGUUGCAGUCUGAAAUAAAACUUCGUUUAGGCGACUGAUGGUCGUUCGCGCUUGUUCA